AUGCUCACGCAAAGCAAGACCUUCAUAGACGCUGCCAAAAAGGCAGGGGUGAAGCAUAUUGUCCAUCUGGGAAUCUUUGGCGAGUGGGAUACCACUGACCCUCAUCUUGUCUGGCACCAAAUGAUCGAAACAUACAUCAAGGCCAGUGGUAUCGCCUGGACGAACCUCCACCCAAACGUCUUCACGGACAACCUAUUCGGCGCCACCGUCCCGAAGAAGACUCAACUGAUGCUUUACUGGGGGACAGCUUGUGUGGGAUGGGUUGCUGUGAGCGAUAUCGCAGCGAUGGCAGCAGCAGUCCUGCAUGAGGGGCCAGAGAAGCACAAUGAACGUGAUUACGGGAUGAGCAUCGAUGUGUUGGACGAAUCAGAAGUUGCUUCCAUCUUCAGCGAAACCACCGGCCGCAGCAUCACUUUCAGUCUCAAGACAUGGGAAGAUUUCAAGGCCUUGGUCUCAGCUCCGGAUUCAGGAGCAGAGCCGUGGUAUGCUGGAGGCAGCACCGAUUUCAUGAGGCAGGUUGCUGAUGGUCAGAUGGGCUACAUCGGAACCAUUCGGGACGACGUUCCUUAUGUGCUUGGAAGACCUGCCUUGACAUUCAAACAGUGGGCAACUGAGCGCAAGGAAGACUUUAUCAAAAUCCUUUCGAAGGAGUAG